AUGUUCCAUAUUGUGGAGUUCACUGAAUCAUCUGAAGUAGAAGUUGUGCCAUCUUCAUGGGUGCAUAAUGGUACCUGUGCUUGGCCGACUUACAAAUCUAUGGCUAAGAUCCAAAAGGCUGUAACACUGCAAGAAUCUCCUAAUAGUACUUGGUCUGGCUUCAAGGUUCGAAUUAUUCAUACAACAGACACCUUUCAGGAAGCUCGGCUCAAACUUCCACAGGCAACUCUGAUGUCUGACUUGCAGACGGAUGAUGAUGACGAUGAUCGUCCAGCAUACACAAGAAGAAAGAACAGGGGGAACAAAAGAAACCACUCAAGUGAGUGUGACGAAGACAAUUUCUUUGCCAGCAAGAGACUGGAAAAAACGAGUCGAAUUCAGGAUCAUUCAGAAGUUGUUGCAGCACCACAAAUACCCUCACCACCACUGACUAUGGUAGACGACCUGAGAACUCCAUCCAGACGUGCAUUUGGUAUUACAAGUCCCGACACCUCUAGGAAUAAUUUAAGUCCAUGUACCAGUGCAGUUGGUCAAGAUGGAGACAGCACCUGUUGCAGUUCUUCAUGUGUUUCCCUGCUGACUGAAGUUUUUAAAGCACAAGAGGUCAUCAAGCAGCAACUUGUCAUGGUUCUUAAAAAUCAAAAACAGAACAGAGCUCAGUCACAGAGUGAUGAAUUUCCAGACAUCAGUUCAUUCAACCUUCCUUUGUCAGAUUUAUCUGAUCUGGAAAGGCUUGAAAAUCAAAUUAAGGAUCAGCCAGAACACAUGAAAAAGUUGGUGACCUACUUUGGAAUUAUUGGGGGGUUUUCCACCAAAGAAGCUGUGUGGCGUAUCCUGGGAAAGCUUUUGGUGAACUCUUUGGCUAAAAAAAUUAACUGGAGUGGUGCAAACCAAAAAGUGGCAUUUCGUGCAUUGGCCCUCAGGACUGUUGUAGUCAAUGCAGUGAGGGCAAAUGCCCAUACCAAGAUGUCCACUGAUAAAGAAGUGGAAAAAUACAUAACAAGAUGGUUACAACUUGCUCCUGACAGGGAUGGAGGAAGGAAGGAAAGAGCUAAAUCAAAAUCUAACUUUUAA